UGCUUUCUCCGUCUAGUGUGAAUGUCGGGGACCUCGCCGUAGCCGAGUGAGAGCACACCCCCGAGCUGCCGACAGACGGGAUGUUUUUCCGGUUGCUGUCGGCGGUCCGAAGACAAAGGCCCGGCCGAGGAUGGCGGAACUGGUCGUCGGGGAGGAGCGGCGUGUCGGCCUCCGAGGCGCAUUCCGUCGCCCUGCCCACCCAGGCGCAGGUGGUCAUCUGCGGUGGCGGGAUCAUGGGCACGUCCGUGGCCUAUCACCUCUCCAAGAUGGGGUGGAAGGAUAUUGUCCUUUUGGAGCAGGGCAGGCUGGCUGCUGGCUCCACGAGGUUCUGUGCUGGCAUCUUGAGCACCGCCAGGCACUUGACCAUCGAGCAGAAGAUGGCAGACUAUUCCAACAAGCUCUACCACCAGUUAGAGCAAGAAACGGGCAUCCAGACAGGUUACAUAAGGACGGGCUCGGUCUUUCUGGCCCAAACUCAGGACCGGCUGAUCUCCCUGAAGCGCAUCAACUCAAGGCUGAAUGUCAUAGGCAUCCCUUCUGAGAUCAUCUCUCCCAAGAAAGUCGCCGAACUUCACCCUCUCCUCAACGUGCACGACCUGGUGGGGGCCAUGCAUGUUCCUGAGGACGCCGUGGUGUCCUCUGCUGACGUGGCUCUUGCCCUGGCCAGUGCUGCCUCCCAAAAUGGUGUCCAGAUCUAUGACCGGACCAGUGUUCUUCACGUAAUGGUCAAGAAAGGUCAAGUUACUGGUGUGGAGACAGAUAAAGGACAGAUCGAGUGCCAGUAUUUUGUCAACUGUGCUGGUCAGUGGGCAUACGAGCUGGGUCUGUCCAACGAGGAGCCGGUUAGUAUCCCGUUACAUGCCUGCGAACACUUCUACCUUCUGACUCGCCCCUUGGAGAGCCCUCUGCAGAGCAACACACCAACUAUUGUGGAUGCUGACGGAAGGAUUUAUAUCCGGAACUGGCAGGGUGGCAUCUUGUCUGGGGGCUUUGAGAAGAACCCGAAGCCCAUCUUCACUGAGGGCAAGAACCAGCUGGAGAUUCAGAAUCUGCAGGAAGACUGGGAUCACUUUGAGCCCCUGCUGAGUUCCCUCCUGCGUCGCAUGCCCGACCUGGAGACCCUGGAGAUCCUGAAGUUGGUGAACUGCCCCGAGACCUUCACCCCGGACAUGAGGUGCAUCAUGGGCGAGUCUCCUUCGGUGCGGGGCUACUUCGUCCUGGCGGGAAUGAACUCUGCCGGCCUUUCGUUCGGUGGAGGGGCUGGGAGGUAAGUCUUCCCUGCUCUGCCCCCGUUUGCCGGGUGCUUCCUUCCUACAGUCACUUGUUGCUCCUGUGGCGCGUC